AUGGCGCUGCACAUUACUCUGCUUCUCACCACUGCUUUUUUCUCCAAAGACAGCAAAAAAGUGGUAAGCAGCACUGCAAAGACUUGCGGAGAUCCUGUUUCGUGUGUUAAUGGGAGCAUGAAUUCUGGACAAAGCAAAGUGACCUUCAACUCCCAAUGCUGUACUACAGAUUACUGCAACAAUGUAUAUGCACCAGAAUUGCCAGUAAAGCCUCUAAAUGGGAAGAAAUGUUUCACCUGCAAUGCCACUGCAGACUGCACACGUACAAUGGCUUGUGAGGGUGAUGAGACUCAGUGCUUUAUUACAACAGCUGAGGUUGAUGGAAAGAAGGUGACCACGAAAGGCUGUUCAAGCAAGUUGUUCUGUGGGAAUGGAACACAGGUGCUGGGAUUACGUGUACAGUCCUAUGGCUUUGGUGCCAACAUGACAUGCUGUGAGGGAAACCUGUGUAAUGGUGCUCAGAGCUUGAGAGUUUAUUUCCUGAUGCUGGUACCACCUCUUUCUCUAUUUAUCUUCUGAUAUAUGCCUCUUUCAGGGUUUUGUUUUUAGUGUUUUGCUUUUAAACACUUCUCUCUAAUGUGUGUUCUGGUAUAAAGAUUAGGCCUGUUUCUAUAGUUUUAUCAUUUAAUUCUAAAGCAAUGACAUCUAGGCCUAUGCAUUUUUUACAUUUGGUUUAAGUGUGGGGCCAAUGAACAUGGAAGCUGGUUGAAUGAGCCUUAGGUGAUCCACAUCAAAAUAAAAAUAAAUUAAUAAAAUCCAUCUAAAUGGCCCUUUUCACAGACUGUGAGAUGCAUUUCCACAGUUUUUAACCUAAUGUAAAUCUAAGGUUUUUAUUUUUUUGUAAAAUUCGUAUUUAAAAUAAAAAUCAUUGUACAUUUAUGAGACUAAUAUAUAUUUUUUGUUAUAUCUAUUUGAGCAAAUUGGAAACGCAAAACACUGUAGAAGCGUUGAGCCCGGAAUUCAUUGAGGAGAUGGGGACCUCUAGUGGUGGUGAAGGGGACUGUAGUAGAUGUGGAAUAAUUAAUAAAGAUGCUUUGCUUGCUCUCCAGACUGUUUUAAAUUGAUCUUGUUUCUUAUUUGUGUAUCUUUAUGUAUAAAUCUAUGUCAUAUAACCUGUACAGAUAGUCAUUUAACUAUCCUCAAGUAAAUGGUUUCAAAGC